AAAAGAGUUUACGCUAGAAGCCCUGAACCUACAAACAAGAAAUAAAUUCAGUUUCAUGGUCGUGGAAAUAUGUCAAUCUAGAGGGUGACAUUUGAGUUGUGGGUUACCUGUGGUGUUCUUUGUGUCUUCAAGAUGGCGGCGGAUGCUUCUCAAAAACAGCUUGGGGUAUCAUGGCAUGAUAGUGCCUGGAUUCCUAGCUUAAGCCCCGCUAAUGUACUGGACUACUUCUCACAAAGGACCAACCCUUUUUAUGACCGUACUUGUAACAACGAGGUCGUGAAAAUGCAACGAUUAGACCCCGCUACGUUACUAUCAAUGACGGGAAUUGAAUAUAGUGUUAUUCAUGUCCAGGAUCCCAUCUUGUUUGUAAUUCGCAAACAACAUCGCCAUUCAGCAACUCAAGUUACACCUAUGGCAGAUUACUACAUUCUAGCGGGCAUAGUGUACCAGGCUCCUGACUUGUGCUCAGUAGUCAACUCAAGAAUGCUCUCAGCUUUGCAUAACUUCCAGUCAGCAUUCAAGGAAGCUGUGUCAUAUUCAAGAUACCAUCCUUCUAAAGGCUACUGGUGGCAGUUUAAAGAAACUCAGAAAAGUUCAGAUUCGAAACAGAAAAAGGAACCUGCUGGAAACCAGGAAACAAGCUCUUUGUUCCAGCGUGAAGGAGUCAACCUUCUCCUUGGGGAACUCUCGAGGAGGUUUCCACCAAACUUUCUUAAAAACCCACAGACAACAACAACACAAAUCAAGAAAGAACCAGAAACAAUAACAGAAGAAGCUACAAAUGAACAAACAGAUGCUACAAGCAGAAACAGCGAACUUGCAAUGAACGGAACCCAACCAGUAGUGACGCAGCCUAGAACUCAGGGGGGGACUCAAACAACCCAAUUGGGGACUAAACGGGGGAUGGAUGGGGGCCUAAAGCAGCCCCCUGUUAAGAGAAAGAAGCAAUAGGCUUGUAGCAGUAUCCAGGCCAUCCGCUAAGUACCAAGUUUUGUUGUCCCGCCCAAAACUAACAGCAGUUGAGUGAAAGCACCAAGGAGAUACUCCUUGAGUGGAUGACGUAAUCAACCCUGCCAAAUUUCCCUCCCCCUUCUAGACAGGAACUUUGGUAGAGAGGAGUAUUGAGGAAUUUUAGAUUCCUGACAUCUGCCAGCAUCGCAUCCUGAGGAGAACAUUGAAAAAUUAUGAAAUAUCAUUUGAACAAAAAAGGGAAAAUGAAACGAAAAAGUGUAAAUAAAUUAAUGUUGUACAAUGUA